UUGGAAGCCCACCUAUGCAAUUCUUAGCAAGCAUGGAGAAUAUUUGAAAAAUGAACUUGAAGCUUUAGAAGAAGCUACAGAAAAUGAGAGGAAAAUGUAUCAGGAUUACAUAACCCAGUAUAAAGAGAUUUUGAAGGAACACCGUGAAAAAUAUGCAGAAACUGCUCUUGCACAGGAGUAUUACAAAAAAAAGAAAGAGCUUGAAGAAAUCCAAAACAGAGUUUUGAAACAAACUGAAAAAUAUAAAUUGAAAGAAGAUACUUGCAUGGAUAUUCUGGAGCCUGUUUCUUUUAAAUCCCUGAAUGACUGGGCUUUGUGGAUUGCUUCUUCGAGGCAAAAAACACAGGAAAUGUUAAAGCUUGCUGCAGUUGCUACACAAGAAGCCAUUGAACUAGAAAAAGAAGCAGAUGAAUUAGAAAUGAAAAUUAAUUAUUUUAAAAAGACUUUUGAAGAGACUACAGAAGAUCAAAAUAAUUCUGAAAUGAUUGAAGGAAAAGAUCAGAAAAGUCUAGAGAAGCCAAAGGAGUUUAAAGAAAGGAUAUUUGAAGAGAGCGAACAUCCAUCUUUGCUAAAUGAGAAACGUCAGCUGUAUAAACCAUUACAUGUCCCAUGCAUUCCUCAGAAUUUAGUCCGGCCUGUACAAAGUAUUAAAUUCUCAAUGCAACAAACAGAGACAGGGAGAGAAGAAAAAGAAAAACCUAUGGAACUUUCAGUGGCCACUAGCAGUUCCUCCAGCCUUGCAGAAGAUUUGUCACAGAUGGUUAUUGACACUACAGGGACCAAUAACCCGCAAAUUGCCCAAGUUCCAUCAAUAGCAAGCUUACCAAACCAAAUGCAACUCAGACUGGUAAUUCCUCCAAAGCAGACAACUUCUAAUCAACAGUCUGAGAGUGAAAAUGCAGUAAUAGCAAACCAAGAGGCCAAAUGUGUUGAUAAAGAAGCAGAAGAUGAGCCGAAGGAUUCUUCAAAUUUACAAGACAUGCAAACAUGUUUUAAGUCAAAUGAAGAUAAUUCUGACACAGCAGAAGAAAGUGCAGAACAUUUUCUAAGAGCACCUGAAACACCUGAGUUUGUAGGAACGCCUGACUCAAAGGGGAAGAAAACCCAGUUCUCUAAAACACCUCCAUUUGACUUCAUUCGCAAUUUAGGUUGUGAAGAAGGAACGUCAAAAUCUCCAGCUUUCUUUUCUCUCAUGAACUUCUCUCAGAAGUCACCUGGCUUUAAUUUAUUUGAUUCUUCUGUGUUUGGGACAGAAAAUUCAUCUGACGAGACAGAUGAAAGUUUUUCUGUGGGAAACUUGAACCCUCUGUCCCCAAACAAAGAUAUUGGAAGCUUGUUUGGGAAAUCAGAAAGUAAGGAUGUAUUUGCCUUUCCCUUCGCCUCGGAAUCGACUUCUCAUGCAUUUGGAGAUGGAAAAGAUGACUUUAGUUUUCCAUUUGCAUUUGGACAGGAUCAGAGAUCAUCACAGUCUCCUUCUGUGAAAGGUUUUCAUUCUUCCUUACAAAACACAAAGCCAUUUACAUUCUUUUGA